GAUUAAGUGACAGUUCAUCGAUAUCGACCAUCUUCAAAAACAUCUUCACGUCUGCAAGUUCCUAAACUUCCAACUGUCAAUUUGAAAUUGGCAAAAUGGGGGUGAAAGAUCUUUGGACAAUAGUAAGUCCAGUUAGUGAAAAGAAAUCUGUAUGGAAUCUUCAAAACAAAAAAAUUGCUAUCGAUUUAAGUGCUUGGAUAUGUGAUAGCCAAAAUGUGGUUGAUUAUUCUUCACAACGCAACAUGUAUUUGAGGAAUCUAUUUUUCCGCACAUCUUUCCUCUUAUUGAACAACUGUAAACCUAUAUUUGUUUUGGAUGGAGAUGCGCCCGAAUUAAAGCACAAAACAAUCAUAGCCAGAAUCCAAGCAAGGGGUGGUCGGACUGGAGAAAAGACAGCUACUGGCUCCAGAUCUCGAUUGAAAGCUCUUCAAAACCAGUGCAAGCAGCUUCUGACAAUAAUGGGCGUGCCUUGGGUUCAAGCCCCUGGAGAGGCUGAAGCUUAUUGCGCCUGGCUUAACCAAAAAGGAGAAGUGGAAGCAGUCAUAACCCAAGACAGCGACUGUUUUCUGUAUGGUGGUCGUGUGGUUUUGCGGCAUUUCAUGUUGAGUCCGCAUUACACGUGUGAGGAGAACGACAUUAAUAGCAUAGAGUGCAAACUAUCUCUGGGACGAUUCAAGCUGCUCGCCUUCUCUCUGCUCUGUGGCUGUGAUUACAUCAAUGGAGUCAACGGGGUUGGCAAAGAGUCGGCUGUCAAGUUUCUUUCGACUGUUGAAGAGUACCAAGUUUUGAGGAGACUCAGAGAAUGGCGAACUGAUCCUUAUUAUAAAAACUUGGAAUUGAAAGGUUCUUCUCAGUUGAGCGCGGAGCAGAGACUGGAAUUAAAUAUAAGGAAAAAGGCACUUCAAGACCCAGACUUUCCUUCGCAAGAAAUAAUUGAGGAAUUUCUGAAUCCUGUCGCAGAGAAUGGUGUCACUGUUCCCGAAUGGAAAUGGCGCAAACCUGAUCUUCCUGCCUUCAUUAAAUUGGCAGACCUAAAACUAACUUGGGAACAUGAUUAUUCGAUAGAAAAGUUUCUGCCACUUCUAACACGAUGGCACCUGAAAAACGCAAGUAUUCCUUCGCCUAUUCAGUGCAACUCGAUCGUGAAAAAGCGAGUGGUGAGAGGAAUGAAUUGCUUUGAGGUUCGCUGGACUGCCGACUUCAUGACUGACUUUGAAGAUGUCCAACUAGUCACUGUUGAGCCGCAAGAUCUCAUUGGAAACGCCUACAAAAAUUUGUAUGAUGAAUAUUACGCUUCGAAAUUUAAACCUAAGAAAGUUACGACAAGAAAGAAGAAAACAGCUGUAGAAACUGCAUUAGACGUUGAUAAAAUAGUCACAAAGAAUAGAGCACUAGGAUCUGCAGUGGAAGUCGAUAAAACAAGGAAAAGGAAUACAGCUGUUGUUGGUAAAUUGUCGAAAAAUACCAAAAAACAACCGUUGGACGACUUGACAAACGUCUCAGAGUUGAUGAACAAUCUGAGUUUCGAAGAACAGAAACCGAAAAAACAUCCGAACAAAAAGCGAAUAAAGGAGGUUAAAGGACUGCAAACUAUUGACAAGUUUUUAGCUGAAACUAGAAACGACAAUGCAUGUAAAAUUAGUGAUAAGUGUGAUGUGAAAGUCCCUGCCAUCAGUAGUAUUAAGAAACAGUCUUUGGCCUUCUCGCCUCUACUGCAAAGCACCCCAAACAAGAUCAGUUACAAAGUGGGCUGUUUAGAUGUUUCCGACCAUUUCAGUCCCGAUAAAUCUGUUGUUUCUACUAGAAAACAAAGAAAUCCCAGGCGGGAAUCGAAAAAUAAUCUGUCUCUCAUUUCAGAUGGCGGGAAAUCGUGUUCUCCUCUCCCUCCUCACCAGGUCAGUCAAUGCAGUACAGGCGUUAAUCUGUCUCUUUUUGAUCUCUAUGAUAACGACGAAGUUGAAUCGUUUGAGAUGUCCGCUAUAAUUAAUGGAAUUGUUAGUAGGAAACUUGAAACUAAUGUAAAAAAUCGUAUUGUUGAUAUGGGCAGAAUGCAUGAUGAUGAUGAUGAUGAUGAUGACGUUGUUGCUAUAGAUGAGAUUGAUGGGGUUACUGCUAUAGAUAAUGUUGUUGAAAGAAAGUUUGACAAUAUUCAAACCAAUGAUGAUGUUAUUGUUAUAGAUUCAGAUAGUGAUUGAUGGCUAAUAAACACAUACAUUCUUCGAUAGUUCAGAGAUUUUAAAUCAUUGUUCCAAUAUUGGCUUCAUUACUGUAUUAUUUGUAAACUAUACAUGACUGAGUAAUUUUAGCAGCACUAUUAUAUUGAAACUAUUAUACUACUAAUGAAAAUAGCAGCAGAAAUUUUCAUCGAUUUUAUUAUUUUAAUAAUACUUUAUCAUAAUUAUUAGAAAUCAGGAGGUGGCAAAAAUUCUAAAAUCACAUUAAGAAACAAGUAGACGUGUUAUGUAAAAUAAGGUUUAGAAAAACGGUCAAUCAUCAAUCACAAGCGAUAAGGGUUGUCUUUGUAUAGCUCUGUCUUUUCUAACGUUAUCUCUAUCACAAUGGAAAAUACUUGAAAUUACACAUCCUAUCUAUCACAUACGAUUAGUCAAUCUCGUAAAAACCAUUCUAAAAUCACUUAAAACCAUUCUAAUUGCCAGGAGGCGUAAACUAAAAUCCUUAGAAUUCUACUUGAAAAUAUAGGAUAGAUAAUCCAUAUCUCUUAUGGAAAACAUAUAUAGUCCAGUACAUCGAGAUUUGAAAAACCUGCGGGGGAAACGUAUAUGUGUAUCUAUUAUAAUUCCUGAGAUGAAAAUACAAUUUGAGAGAAUUCAUUACAAAGUGAAUGGAUUUCGAUUAAAGUGUCAAACCUUAACGCUCAAUAUAAAAUACCUGAAUUGAUCUAAUGAUAAAUCACAAAUGAAAGAAGAUAAAAUUAAAAAUAGAGUAAAAUGGAAUGAACAGUUGACUGGUGUAAAGUCUAACAUUAGAAAAAUAUGAACUAAAAAUUUAUUAACACAUCAAGUUAUUUGAUGCUAAUUACAACAACGGAAUUAUGAUUGAAGAUUGUAUAAGAUGUAUCAUAAAAGUACAUAAUCUAUCAUAUAAAUACAUAAUGUACUUAAAAGUUGUAUAAUUUAAUUUUGAACAAAUUAAAAAAUAAUGAACUUAAUAGUUGUAUAAAAGAUGUCCUACAAAGAACAAGAUAUAUAUUUGAUCAGUUCAGAUACAAACAGAAAAUAGAUGAAUCUUAUUAGAUUCUAAUCAAUCAAAGAAUAGUUUGCCUAUGAUGAAUCUUAUCUCUCCUUUAUCUAUGCCUUAUUGAAAUUAAAUUCAAAUUACAGCCGUAAAUAUAAUACAUUUUUAAUAGAUAUCUGGAACUAACAUACCCGAGUUCAGUAACAUGAAACUGAAACAAUACAAUAUCUGAUAACCUCACAAUAGAAUAUAAUUUCAACCUGAUAUUCAAUAAACAUCCUAUUUUAAUUCACU